AUGGUGGCCCUUGGACUCUGUGGUGUUGACGACUUGCCUGAAGAUGUGCGAUUGUUGGAAGACGCGGGAAAGGAGGUGGAAAACUCCAUUUUCCACCUUGAAAGGUCCAAUAAGGAGCUGAGAGAAGAGGAUCCGAAUGACAAGGUGUACUUAGAGGCGAUAAAACAGAACGAAGUGGCCCUGGAGACGAAGCGUGCGCGUUUGCAACGCAUCCGAGAUAAGAUUUCUUUGCUGUUGUCCCGAGGUCAAUCUGCUCACAGCUGCUGCGCAAUCUUCGCGGGCAGUCCUCCUUCGUCAGGCGCCUCAGCUUGCGCGACAUCUUCUCUGCCAUCCCAUUCAGCGGGUACUGAGAGAGAGCAUCUUGACACAUUCCAUGAUUGCUCACAAGAAUUCCUCUCGCUCGAAUCAAGGGCGAGCGAGGACAGAUUCGACGCUCCUCGGGAGCAGCCGCAACGCCGCUCUCCUUCUCGCUCCGGGGACUCUUCGCCCCCCACAAGUUCGGAUGGCACGACUGCGCAAAUCAGACAGCAGAAUUGUUCACAUCUCGCGCCGGAAGGUGAUGGCGGCAUCAGCAGGCGGUCUGCUGGAGCCGCGGGUGGUGUGCACGAAACGUGGUGCACUUCCCGUACGCCGUUUCCGCGUGCGUUAGACCACCGAGCUGACGAGUCGGGAACAGCUAAUGAGGGAAAUGACGCAGCGUGCUUGGAGCGGGUGUCUCCCGAGGUGGUCGAUCCCAUGUUUCGGCCUGACUCGAUUCUUCCCUGCUCCAUGGUCGCCGUGUUCCUCGUUCGCUUUUCUGCAUGA